AUGGAGAGCCGGACGCUGCGGUCGCACCGCGUCGUGGGCGCCAUCGCCGACGACGCCCCGACCUGCGUGUCCUUCUACGACCUCGGCGGCGUGGGCUUUGUGUGCGCGCGCGUCGCCGGCGACGCCUUCCAGGUGCUCAAGCUCGACAGCCUCGCGGUGCAGUUGACGUCGCCGCGGCUCGGGCGGCCCAUCGCGUGCCUCGCGAGCCUCGGCGAGUGGACCUACUGCGGCGUCGGCGACGAGCUCUGGUGCUUCGAGCGCGCGGCGUUCCGCGGCGUCGCGGGCGCGGGCGCGGGCCCGCUCCGGCGCCUCGACGUCGCGGGCCCGCUCGUCGUCGCCGCCGCGGACGCCGGCGGCGCGACGGAGCUGAGCUGCUGGGCGCGGCCCGCCGGCGCGAAGCGGUCCGCGCUGCCCGUCGACGCCGCGCGCUUCGAGCUCGGCGCCGGCUUCAUAAUGACGGCCGCGUGCCACCCGCCGACGUACGUCAACAAGAUCGUCGUCGGGAGUAGUGAUGGCGCUCUCGAGCUGUGGAACCUGCGCUCCGGCAAGCGGGUGCACCGCUACGCCUACGCGGGCGGCGGCGGCGGCGUCGCGGCGAUCGCGGCGUCGGGCGCGCUCGACGUCGUCGCCGUCGCGCGGACGACGGGCGUCGCGGAGCUCGUCGACGCGAAGCGCGACGUCUUACUGUUCGCCCUGGACCACGGCGCGCCGUUGGCCUGCCUCUGCUUCUGCCGGUCGGCGCCCGAGGGCGGCGAGGGCUCGCCGCGGCUCGCGACGGGCGGCGCCGACGGAGACAUACGGGUCUGGGACCUCGAGGCCCGCGCGCUGGUCGAGGCCAUCGCGGCGCCCCACGGCGGCAAGGCCAUCGUCGCUCUGAGUGCCGGCGGCGUCGGCGGCGCGGGCGUCAAGGGCGGCGGCGCCGUCGGCCCGCGCGCGGCGCUCUUCACGGCGGUCGGCGGGGACAACGCGGCGCGGCAGUGGGCUUUGGACGGCCCCGGCGGCGGGCCGCGGCUCGUGCGGAGCCGCGCGGGCCACGGCGCGGCGCCGAGUCUCGCGAAGUGGUACGGCCCGCCCGCGUGCGGCGGCGCGGCCGCGGGCGGCGCGGGCGACGCCUACGGCGCGCUCCAACUGCUGUCGGCGUCGCGCGGCGACCGGUCCCUGCGGUGCCUCCACGCGGCGCGCGACGCGCUCUGCGGCGAGCUGAGCCAGGGCCGGGGCGUCGAGGGGCGCGCGAAGCGCAUGCGCCUCGACGACCCGGGCGCGCUCAAGCUGCCGCCCGUCGUCGCGCUGGCCGCGUCGGGCGCCAAGGACGGCGCCUACGCGAACGUCGUCACCUGCCACGCCGGCGAGCGCGUCGCGCGGCUCUGGCACCUCGCGGACCGGCGCCUCGCCGACGUCUGCCUCACGCAGCCCCAGUGGGGCGGGCGGGGCACGGACGACCCGUCGCGCGCGGCGGGCGGCCGCGACGAGGCCGCGACGGCCUGCGAGCUGAGCCAGUGCGGCAACUUCGCGCUCGUGGGCCACGCCGACGGCUACGUGCGCAAGUACAACGUCCAGAGCGGCGACGCGCGCGGCACGUUCCCCGCGUCGCUCGCGGCCGCGGCCGCGGCGGCCGCGGGCGCGGCGUCCGUCGCCGUGCCCGGCGCCGUGGGCCGCGCGGCGCGGGCCAUCGACCGCGCGAACCGCAAGGGCGAGCGGAGCGACGGUGCGACGACCAAGGUCAGGCGCACGGACGGCUCCGCGGGCGCGCGGCACCACGGCCGCGGCGACGGCCGCAAGCUCCGGCACCGGGGCGCCGUCGCCGGCGUCCACGCCGACGCGGCCAACGCCUUUGUGGUGUCCGGCGGCGCCGACGGCCAGCUCAAGUGGUGGGACUUUGCCUCCCACGAGGCGCUGGGCAAGCUCGAGCUCGGCGGCGCCGUCGCCGCGCUCGCGCCGGCGCGGUCCGCGCGGCUCCUCGCCGUCGCCGACGACCGCGGCGACGUCCUCGUGCUCGACGCGCGCCCCCCGGGCGACGGCGGCGGGCGCGUCCUGCGGCGCUUCGCCACGGGCCCGCCGCGCGCGCCGCGCGAUCUGUGCUGGGGGCCCGGCGCGUCGUCCGUCUUCGCCGUCGACGGCGGCGGCGCGCUGCUGCGCUACGACGUCGCGUCGGGCGCCUGCGUCGACCGCCUCGCCUUCCCCGAGGCCGAGGCCACGUCCGUGAGCGCGUCGCCGACCGGCGAGUUCGUCGCGACGACGCACGUCGGCGUCCGGGGGGUCGCGCUCUGGACCGACACCGCGGCCUACGCGCGCGUCGACGCCGUCGCGCUCGACGUCCUCGACGGCGACGCGCCGCCGCUGGAGGCCCUGGCGCCCGACGAUUUGUUGGGUACGGCGCGGCGCGCGGCGCCGGCGCCGGGGUCCAUCGCGCUCGGCGCGGCGGCCGACGCGGGCGCGGGCGACGCGGCGCCGCUCGCGCCCGCGGUGGCCCGCGACAACGCGGCGCGCGGGGUCCUGGAGCUCUCGGGCCUGCCGCGGGCGCGCGCGGAGACGCUCCACGCGCUCGAGGCCGUCGCCGCGCGGAACAGGCCGACGGCGCCCCCCAAAAAGCCGGAACGCGCGCCGUUCUUCCUACCCUCGGCCGCGGACGCGGGCCGGGCCGACGCCGCGAUGCCCCCGAAGGCGCUGGCGCUGCCCGAGGCGCCGCCGGAGAUCGACGCGUUCGACGAGGACGAGGAGGAGGAGGAGGAGGAGGCCGCGGCGCCGGGGGCGGCCGACGAGGCGGACCGGUGCCGCCUCGCGGCGCUCUCGCUGGACGCGGACGCCGCGGCCGUCGUCGCGCACCUCAACGGCCUCCACGCGUCGGGCGUCGACGCGGAGAUCGCCCUGCUCUGCCGCGGCGGCCACGACGAAGCGGGGCUCGCGCUGCUCGAGGCGUUCGCGAAAGUCCUCGCGGCCGCGCUCGCGGGCCACGCGAACUUCGACGCGCUCCAGGCCUACGUCCACCGCCUCCUCCAGCACCACGCGGCGCCCCUGUCCCUGCCCCGGCUCAAGCCCGCGGUGGCGAAGCUCGCGGCGGCGCAGCGGGCGGCCGCGGCGCGGUUCCGCGCGCUCGGCCGGCCGUCGGCGUGCGGGUGCAUGUACGCGUCGGUGUGGUACUCGGGCAGCGCGGGCUCGAGGUGGAUGCGCACGGUGCGCUCGAACGCCGCGGGCUUCGGCGGGACGAAGGCCGCGCGGCUCGUCGUCGUCGCCGUGAAGGGCGUCGUCGGCGCGGCCUUCUGCGGCGGCCGGCGGAGCGCGCGCUGCUCCACGGGGUGGGCGACGAAGGCCUCGCGGGACGUCGUCGUGCCGACGAACGGCGUCGGCUUCGGCGCGGCCCGCGAGGUCGUCGUCGCCACGAAGGGCGUCGUCCGCGGCGGCGGCGGCGCGUCGCGCGGCGGCCGCUUCUGGAGGGGCCACUCGACGUACUUCUCGUCGUACUCGCUCUCGCCCGCGAAGGGCGUGCCCGGCCCGCCCGCGGGCGGGCCGUGGCCGGCGAGGAAGGUCGCGAGGCUCCGGCCCGCGGGCUUCUCCGGGUCGCCGCCCCGGCGCGGCGGCGGCGGCGCGGCGAAGGCGCCGCGCGACGUCGACACGAAGUCGCGCGUCUCGGGCGCGUCCGCGCGCCGCGGCGGCUUGGGCGGCGACCGCGGCUCGAUGGGGUGGGCGACGAAGGCGCUGCGGGCCGUCGUCGUCGCCGUGAACGGCGGGCUCGCGGCCGGCGGCGGCGGCGGCGCCCGGAGCGCGGGCGCGGCCGCCGGGUGCGCGACGAAGGCCGCGCGGCUGGUCGUCGUCGCGACGAAGGGCACGCGCUCCCGCGGCGCGUGCUUGACCAUCUUGCCCAGGGGCCGGCUGCGGAACUCGGGCGGCGGCGCGACGUAG